AUGCUCGAAACGGUGCUCGAAACGGUGCUCGAAAAGGUGCUCGAAACGGUGCUAGAAACGGUGCUCGAAAAGGUGCUCGAAACGGUGCUCGAAACGGUGCUCGAAACGGUGCUAGGUGCGGUGCUAGGUGCGGUGCUCGGUGCGGUGCUAGGUGCGGUGCUAGGUGCGGUGCUAGGUGCGGUGCUAGGUGCGGUGCUCGAGGCGGUGCUCGAUUUGAUGCCUCCUAGCCGUCGAUUUGGGCGUCGAUUUGGGCGUCGAUUUGGGCGUCGAUUUGGGCGUCGAUUUGGGCGUGAAUUAGGUGUCGAAUUAAGAGUCUAUAUAGACGUUAGCAUAGGUGUCAAUAUGGAGGCAGGUAGGAGGGGCGGAGGUAGAGGUAGGGUUAGGGGUAGGGUAGAGGUAGGGGUAGGGGUAGAGGUAGAGGUAGAGGUAGAGGUAGAGGUGGAGGUGGAGGUGGAGGUAGAGGUGGCGGUGGAGUUGGAAGCGAUCUGGGGAUCCUCACCCAGCAAUGCUGCGCGCUAG